GCCGAGCGGAACGGCCUCUGGUGACAUUUUCUCCGGGCGGCGCGGACGAGUGAAGGGACUUGGUGGUGGAGGCUGUGGAGGUGGCGAGAUUCGCCUUAGCCCCGGCGGGGCUUUGACUGCGACCCUCUGCUCGCCGCCGGGGCUUGUGCUGAGGAGGAGAAGGCGGCGGUGGCCGUCGCGUCCCGAGUCACCGCGGCCGGGGGAGUCCCGGCCGGGGGGUCGGUGCGUGCCCCGACGGGGCGCGCGGAGCGGGCGAGGAGGUGCAGAGCUGCCGCGGAGCGCAGGUUGCUUUCCUGUUGCAUCUUUGACCUAGUUUCCUAGACUCUGCUCCAUGAUUGAACUUGAAAGUCUGAAAUGAAGAUGGAGGAGGCAGUGGGAAAAGUCGAAGAACUCAUUGAGUCUGAAGUCCCACCGAAACCAUCUGAACAAGAGACAGCUAAGGAGGAAGAUGGAUCUGUAGAACUGGAAUCUCAAGUUCAGAAAGAUGGGGUAGUGGAUUCUACAGUUCUUUCUUCAAUGCCCUGCUUGUUGAUGGAACUGAGAAGGGACUCUUCUGAGUCUCAGUUAGCAUCCACAGAGAGUGACAAGCCAACAACUGGCCGAGUUUAUGAGAGUGACUCCUCUAAUCACUGCAUGCUUUCCCCUUCCUCUAGUGGUCACCUGGCUGAUUCAGAUACCUUGUCUUCUGCAGAAGAGAAUGAGCCCUCCCAGGCAGAAACAGCAGUGGAAGGAGACCCUUCUGGAGUGUCUGGUGCCACUGUUGGGCGCAAAUCUCGGCGGUCCCGAUCUGAAAGUGAAACAUCUACUAUGGCUGCCAAGAAAAACCGGCAAUCCAGUGAUAAACAGAAUGGCCGAGUCCCCAAGGUUAAAGGUCAUCGGAGCCAAAAGCACAAGGAGAGAAUCAGGCUACUGAGACAGAAAAGGGAGGCUGCUGCGCGGAAGAAAUAUAACCUAUUGCAGGACAGUAGUACCAGUGAUAGUGACCUGACUUGUGACUCAAGCACGAGCUCAUCAGAUGAUGAUGAAGAGGUUUCAGGGAGCAGCAAGACAAUCACUGCAGAGAUACCAGAUGGACCUCCAGUUGUAGCUCAUUAUGAUAUGUCUGACACCAGCUCUGACCCAGAAGUGGUAAAUGUGGACAAUUUAUUGGCGGCUGCGGUAGUUCAAGAGCACAGUAAUUCUGUAGGAGGCCAGGACACAGGAGCUACCUGGAGGACCAGCGGGCUUCUAGAGGAGCUGAAUGCGGAGGCAGGUCAUUUGGAUCCAGGAUUCCUAGCAAGUGACAAGACAUCGGCUGGCAAUGUACCACUCAAUGAAGAAAUUAAUAUUGCCUCUUCAGAUAGUGAAGUGGAGAUUGUGGGAGUUCAGGAACAUGCAAGUGGCAGAGUUGAGAAGAAGUUUCAACAGACACCUGAUAGCCCUCAAAGCCUAAGGUGUGUUCAUCCUCGAGGAGGUGUGAUUCAGAGUGUUUCUUCGUGGAAGCAUGGCUCGGGCACGCAGUAUGUCAGCACCCGGCAAACACAGUCAUGGACUGCUGUGACUCCCCAGCAGACUUGGGCUUCACCUGCGGAAGUUGUUGAUCUUACCUUGGAUGAGGAUAGCAGACGUAAAUACCUACUGUAAUACAAUGUCACUGUGUCUCCUCUGCACUGUUCCCUUCCUUUUCCUCCUCCUCUUUGUGACAUGGAAGUUCAUUGUCAUAGCUUCAGCCUCAGAAGCUGUUUGUGGCAUUUGUAUAAUCCAAACUCAUGGAAAAUUGCCCCCACUUCCUUUUUUUUUUUUUUUUUUUUUAAUUAAAAGAAGUCACUUAGGAAAAUAACUUAGCACAGAGAAAAGAAUUUCUUCUUUCCCUCAGUAGGAAUAGGAGAAUGAUGAAUUUUAUUAGACAACUUAGACAACUUCAUUUUACUUGGUGACUUUCAAUCUUAGGAAACUCUGCCUUCCUUUUAGAAUAAUAUUUUAACUACCAGGUGAAAUGGAUUUCAGUUUUUGAAUCUUGUAUUUAUUUUUCUGUGUAAUAAAAUUAAUAUCUAGCCUUGACCACUGUCAGCCCACCCAUUGGCAUUCCUACCUUAGGGCAUUUGCACACAUUUAGUCAGGUCCUUAUUGGCACCUAGUAGGGCAUGUGCAUUUGAAAACCUGUCCUUAAAAAUAGAAGACAGAAGUAUUACUUUUCUUUUAGCUUGAGUCUUCUGCCUUCUUUCCUGACUUUGCUCCUGGCUGAUUUCCCACAGCACAAAUAAUUGAUAUGCCCCUUUGUGUUUAUAAAUACUGCUAAGGUGACUUAGUUGGUCUCCUUGUUGCAAUAAUUCAUAAUUUUUUGGAAAAUGUCUCCUUUUGGGGCAGAGGCAUUUCAGUUAGAUACCCAUGAGGUUUUCUGGGCAUGUAAGGAGAGCAUUGAGAGAUCAGUAAGAAAAUCUUUGUCCCUCAGCUUUUUUUUCCUGGUUUGUUUACAUAACAGGAGAACACAGAAACCUAUUACUUAAGUAGAAUAUGAAAAGUUGUCUUCGUCUCUAAGACUGUGGGCACUUACAAGUCUGAGAAGGCAGUGCCUUCUUUCAUAGCUGGUCUCUCUGUAAAGGAUGUACAACAACUGUUUUAAGUAACGCUUGAGCUGUAUAAAUAGACCUGAUGCUAUAUUUGGGUAUUUUUCUCCUCUACCAUCUAAAAGUGGAAAAAUCAAAAUGAACCAUAAGAAACCAGAUGCAAAGCACAUAAAUGACACUGUAGGUUUUACAGUAUCUAAAUAAGCAAAGGGUGGUUAGGAGCUUCAGGGAAUUCAGGAAAUGCCAGUGUUGGAGUUUUGUGGCAUUAGUUACUACCUUUUUUCCUAUAACAUGUUGUAGUUACUAGUGAAUUCUUUUACAAGCAAUACCUAGUUAGAACACUAUGUACUGUGCACGGGGAGGAGUGAAGUACUAUUGGCUUAGAAGACCUCAUCUUUUUGUUUUUCCAUGGUUUUUGUUUGCCUUUUGUUGUUGUUGUUUCCAUAUUUACCAUAUAACAUUGCUGUAGCCCUUGCCUCCCUCCUCAAAUGCCUUGGUGGCUCUUCCUUAUCUUAAGAGCACGAGAAGUACCAUUUUCAGUUGUCAUUUAGUGGACAUACUAAAUGUACCAAGCGCCUGUUCAGCACAUGGGACUGUGCAGGGUAGGUGUGGUGUGGCCACCGAGACAAAUGGGACACCCUUGCGUGUGCAUGCGUCAGAGUCUGCCUGGCUCCACCUGCCUGGCCUUUUCUCCAGUUUUUCUAUAAAGACUCAUUUAUCCCUUUACCCUUCUUCCUGCUGCUUUAGUUAUUCCAUAUACCUCUUCCAUGGGAAUGGGUAUGAGCAUGUGUUCUUUGGUCUUCUCUCGUAGCAUCUCAUUUGAUCUGGCCUCUGUUCUUCAUCAACUAAUAUUUUUCUGCCAAUCUAGUUUUAAUCAGGCUUUUAAAAGAUCAUGAACCUCAAGUUUUAGCACCUCAUAUAUCAGAUCUCUCACAUGGCCACAGUUCUAGACAAAAACCAAAGAUCCAGAGGCCAGAGCUAAAUAGGACCUUCUGCAGAUUCACUACUGGUGUAUCCUUGGACCUUCACAUUUUACUUUAGGAUUAAUUUAUUGAAUUUUACUGUUACACAUUGUUUUUGACUUGAAUUAAAAUGCUAGACAAAGCAGAAAUGUACAAUUUCUGGUCUGUGUUUUCCAGGAAAAUCAUUGGGACAAGAAUAGAGUGGAUUAUAUGACUUGAAGUUUUUGCAGCUUAUUUUUUCCCCAGUAUCAGGGCAGAGCCCCAUUUUAAAGAAUGUUUUCGCAUUACCUAUUCUUACGUUAAUAGUGUGUUUUGUUUGAUUCCACACAGCAGGUGAUUUCCCAUGACACACUUCCUUUAGCCCCCAAUAGUCAUCUUCUAAAGAGAAUUCUUCUGGUGUGCUAUAUGCACAGUGGAUUGGGAGCAGGGCGCUGUGGCCUUGUGUUUUUACACCAGGCUGCACUUUUCCCACACCUGCCCCUGUUUCAGCAUCCUGACUACCCGACUGGUUGCCAGAACAGCGAUUUAGAAGUUAACAUGCAAAAAGGGGAGAGGGAGGGAUGGUAGAAACACUCAGCUUUUUUCCCCCUACAGGGUUGGGAUUUUUCCACCUACUAACUGUAGAGAGACUGUUUGAGCUCUUCUUUCAUUGCCAGAUCCAGAAGAGUGAGGGUGUGGCUUCUGGCAAGGUGUUUUACUGAUAGAAUUCUGUGGGAAACAAGUCCAAUGACAUUUGAAAUUUCUUUUAAAGGAAUUGUUUUUUAACUAAAGUGUUGGCAUUUGGUAGCAUCAGUACUUCUUUAUGCUCCACAGAACAUUAUUCAAAGUAGUGUCUCUGCUCAAGUGGUGCACUUGGGUCACGGGUUGGAUUGUGGCACCAAUUUAGUUAAGCUCCUCCCUCCCCUCCCCUCCCCUCCAGUGUGAAACCACAGAGCAGUAACUAGCUCUCAGGUCAUCCUGGCUGCCCUGGAGCAUAUACAUCUACUCACCAGUAGUUGUCUUUCCAUUCUGAUGGAAGGGGCCAGACUGAGUGGACUCCAGGAUUUAUUACAGUUGAGCAUUGCAUAAAUUCUGCUUUUAUUAUCAUCAGUUGUGAAUAUGAACCAUCUGAUUUUCUAACUUAGUCCAUUGUUCACUGUUCCUUUUAGCAGAAUAGCACCACCAUAGGUAACUUCAAAAUGAAUUUGUUGCCUGCUUUUUAUACUGUGUCACAAAGUUUUUGAAAGAGCUGGGGACACAAUGUUGUCUUUUAGUUUAAACUUUUUUUUAAAAUGCAACGAGCCCCCUAAUCUCUGUUUUCCAGUAUGUGUAUGAUGUGACUUCCAUGUAUAUAUAAAAAUGAUUGCGCCCUAACCAAACUUCCUCAGAUUGUGCACUGUUUGUUUAAAAUAAUCACGUAUUUUAGUCCAUUGCUGUUGUAUUUUUCGUUUUAUUUAAAACACUACAUACUUCUUAUUCUUUUAACAAAUUUUAAAGGGUAGUGAUCUUAAAAGAGAAAUCACUGGAUAACUAGGAAAUAUUUUUGUUGUUGUUUUGUUUUGUUUUGUUUUUUAAAGAGUACAAAGGUCAUAUGAAGCCUUUUGCUCCUCUUACCAUGAAAAUGAAAUGUUAGCCAUUGUAUGGCUAGGAACCAAUGCACUUGGUGGUUAACAGAUCUGCUGUUGCUGGAGUGUGAGUGUGGACUUGAUGCAGUGACGACAAAUCAUUGCUUAGAAUUAAUGUUUUAAAAUGUGCAACUCUAGUUUUUAAAACAAAAUUUGGUUCUUCUUUACAUUCAUUAUUUAGUUUUUGUUUCCAUUUAGUAUUUAAUGGUCUUUGGAGAAAAAAUAAUAAUAAAACAGAGUGUUAUAUAUAUAUUUUUUGGUGCAAGAUAAGAUUUUCUGUUUUUUGAAAUAAGUCUGUAGCAUAAAGGUUAAACUAUUUUAAGACAAAAUAAAAUAGAGUGUAUUUAAACAAUCAUAAUUUCUGAGGAUUUUUUUUCUAUCUGCUUCAGUUAAUUAGAUGGUGCCUGGAGCAGCUCCUGAGUUAGCUUUUGGAUGUGAAAGCGGAUUAUAUUUUGUUAACAGAUCUUAUCGAUGUGCCAACUUUUUCCCAGCAGUAGCUGUGCCCUACUCCCAAAAUAUUUUGCAGGUGACCGUUGGUGUUAGGUCUUGAUAAAAGUAGCUUUGCUCUGGCUGUCCUGUAGCCCCUGCGUCCCUUCCCAGCUAGGACCAGUGGGAUUCUAAAGAGAGCAGAAAGCCUCCUAGUGCUAGGCACCUUUGCUCCUGGGAACUGAAGGUCAGCUGACAGUUAACUUCUCAGAGACCAGUGCACCAGGACAGGGCGCCGUGACUGUAUGUACUUUGCACGUGGUCAAACAUUGAAUCAAAUGUAUGGUGUUUCAAAAACAGCCUAAAGAACUUUUCUUUUAAUUUGAUUCUACUUUCUGGUUUUAUUAUUUGGUUCUACAAAUGAGAGGAACUUCCAUAUUAGCAUCUCAUGACUUUUGUAACUUAUCUUCAUGUAAAGGGGAAUGGGGAGGUGGGGAGAAUGAGGCCUAUAUUUCCUAAAAUACCACUUCUCGAUCUCUUAUUGUUCCUCAAGAAUUUUUUUAGUUCUACUUGCACUGGAAAGGGGCCUGGUAACAAUUAGAAAAUACACUGUGAACAGUUGGGGAAAUGUUUUCAGGUUUUUGGAAUGGUUCUGUUGUACUACCUUGUAUCUGAGACUUAGAUAUAGUAGUGCCUGUGAGAAACUCUUCUUUUCUUGGACUCUAGAAGAAAAUUGUUUAUCUAGGCCCUUGCUUUUAACCUUUUUGCCCUUCGAUGCUGCAUUUGUAGAACGAGUAGGUAAAAUAAUUUGUGGCUAAGUACUUACUCUCAUUCUGCCUUCCUCCUUUUGUUCUUGGCUAGCUUUUGGCCUUGCCUUGCCUUGCCUUAUUGGUAUGUUUUUCAUGGUAGAUGGCAGCUAUUUAUAACUUCACUCUGGAGAAAAAUUCUAGAUAAGUCUUUGACCAAAUAUAUGCAUAUCUCUCUUCAGCUCCAAUUUUGUAGCCAAAGUAAAGUGAAUUUCUUCUAGGACUUGUCUUAACUAUAUUACUGAUCUAUGAAGGAGCGAUCUUCCUGGGUCAUUGGUAGGUAUGAUUUUCUUUACUUCCUUGACUCCAUGUUUGAGAGCACCAAGUCACAGAAUCUGAGAAGUUCUUGGGCUACCGUGGAGCUUUGGCUGGGAGAAUCCACUUGGAGCAGAAGGCGGCAAUCGAAAAUACUGGAAGGAACAGUGAGCUCAGACAAAGAUGCAAGUGAUGAUUGUACGCAUUAUAGUGAUGCGGAAAGAGCACCCAUUUGCUGUUCAGUUCAGCACUGCUGUUGUGAAGAGCAUUCACUGUUUCUUCGUUUCCGCCUAGCCUUGAGAUCCCAUUUGGUGUGGGGUGGGUGAGUGAAGGGUCAGAACGAGUGCCGGCCAUGGAGUCAAACCUCAGAAGGGGGGGGAUAUGGCAGCAACAAUCCAUGUGAUCUCAUAGAUCAUGGCCCCUUGCUUGUAAAUUGUAUCGGUCCAGCUUCUUAUUCUUUGGUGAAAGAAGCUAUAUGAUAACCAGCUUUUUCUUUUGUGCUUUUGAUAAUUGACACCUGAGAUUUCUGUUUCCUUUCCAUGAUGGCUCCCUCCUGAGAGCAGGAAGGUGUGGAGUAUUGUUCACUGUUGAACCCUCACUCCUGUGAUGGAGUCUGACGCAAGCAGGCAAGUCCGACGGUAGGAUGGAUCUUGGCAUCUGCAGCACAAGGGCCAUUCGACCAGAGGGUGUGGUGGCUAGUGUAUGAAAAGCCUGAACCAGAGACUAGGAGACUCCAGAAAGGCCAUCUGACCAAGAGGAGUUAAUUUCCGUACCUAUAAAAUGAAGAAUUUUUUAGAUCUCUUUUCUGAGACUGAAAGGUAGGACUGUAUUAUUUUAGGUAAUAAUUUGAUGUUCUGCGGAGCUGUUGGGCUUCUCAUGCAAGAAUUCAGGGCAGCAGCUCAUUCUAGGAAGCUGUUUGAAGGACUAUGGUUCCAUCAUCUUCCCGAGGCUUUUGGAAGGCACUGGCUAACACCAUAGAACCUUGACUGUCUACAAACUCUUAAUUUUCAAAGUUUUAAAAGAAUGUUUAGUUCAGAAUUUCCACAUGGGAGUAAGAAGUGGUACAGAUUGUUAUCCUAAUUUUGCAGAUUGGAAGACCGAGAACAGAAGAAUAACAACUUACCCAGGUUUGCAUGGCUAGACUUUUUGCAAGAGCAGAUUUUUCCUGUGGGCCAAAUUAGGGCUUUUAGCUCUAAGAAAAACAAAACGUCUUUUCUCCACCUAGUUUUCCUUUAUUCUUUUUGCUGUUGAUUCUACUUUGCUCUGGCCUGAGAAGAAUUGGAAGUUUUCCUGAGAAGGUAGUGUUUGAUUGAUUCUCUUUCCAUGGAUAGAUUCCCUGUCUCAUAGUUGGUGGAACAGGAAAAUACAGAUGGCCAGUAAACAGGAAAGAUGCUUGGGCGCACCACUAAUUAUGGAAACACAAACUUUACAAGAUGCUAUUUCAUGUAGGCAAAUCAGGAGUACAUUUAAAUCCAGGAGGCAGAACAGUGACAACCUGUCUUUUUGCGCAAGCAUAAUUUGCUAUGGCUACUUUGGAAAACAGUGGAGUUGUCUAGUAAAGCUGAAUAUGUGUAUACCUCAUGUAUGGACUGAAUGUUUGUGUUCCCCCUACCCCCCAAUUCAUAUGUUGAAACCCUGCUCCCCAGUCUGAUGUUUGGAGGUGGAGCCCUUGGGCAGUAAUUAAGUUUAGAUAACAGGGAAGUGCCCAUGAUAGGAUUAGUGCUCUUAUAAGAAGACAGGAGACCUGAGCUUUGCAUGCUAGAGGACACAGUAAGAAGGCAGCUAGUUGUCUGUAUGCAGGAAGAAGGCUCUUAGCUGAAUCUGACCAUGUUUAGUACCCUGGUCUUGGAUGUCCAGCCUCCAGAACUGUGAGAAAAAAUGUUUGUUAUUUAAGCCACCCACUCUAUAGUAUUUUGCUAUAGCAUCCUGAGCUAAGACAUGUCAGGACCCACAAAAUUCACUCCUUGGGCUGAUUCUCUUGAACAGGUUUUAAACCAUGUUGAAAACCUAUACAGGGAAGUCAUGAAAUCAAUUUAGUGUCUGUAAGCCAUCUUUUGUUUAUUUAAGGGAAUAUAACAACACAGCAGUUAACAGAUAGUAUUGUUAUAUGAAGCUUUUGUUACAUGCUGAUCACACCUACACACAAGUAUAUGUCUGCAUAGGGUCAAGAUAUAAGAUGUAUUUCUUUUACUGUGGGUUGCAGUCAAAAAGAUAAGGAAAGCCAUGGUUCUAGAGAAGCUAUUUCAUGUGUUCAAAAAUGUUUAGUGUCGUUUUUCCCAGUUUUUGGCUAUUUCAACAUGGAUGUUCAUCUAUGGGAUGGACAAACAGUGUAUUUAUACAAUGUUUAGCCACUGUGGAAAUUAAUGAACUAGAUCUCUAUUCAUGUAGCAGUUUUAUCAACGUAGUUAAAUCAGUGUGGAGUGGAGAAAAAGCAAAUUUCAGAAUAUGUGUUACAUGAUGCUGCUUAUAUGAAGCUUAAAAAAUACCAUAUUUUGGUAAAAGAUACAUACACGUGCAGUGAGAGUAUAAAGAAAUUCAUGAGAAUAAUAAAUACCAAAUUCAGAGUAAUGGUUACUGCCGGAAGGGAAGGAGGGGACACAGGGACUUCAACUUUAUGGGCAAAAUUUCUUAAGUUGGGUAAGGGGGGGACACAGGUAUAUGUUCUUUACACUUUUAUGUAUAUCUUAAAUAUUUCAUAAUAAAAUUAAAUUUUCUUUGUCUCAAGUAGAAAGAACAAAAGCUUUUUAUGACUUCCCAGAUGAUACUAGUGGGCAUGGGUAAGAUCUGAAGCUGAAUUCCUUUUAGAUGUCCUCAACACUUUUUUUUUUCCUCUCAACACUUUUUGUAUAUGUCACCAAAAGCACAAGCAACAACAAAAAGUAAAACUGGUAAAUUUUAUGCUUCAAAGGACACCAUCAAGAAAGCAAAACAACAAUUCACAGAAUGGGAGAAAAUAUUUGCAAACCUUUAUCUGGUAAGGGACUUGUAUCUAGAAUAAAUAAAGAGCUCUUACAAGUCAAUAAUAUAAAGAGAAACAAAUUAAUAAAUGGACAAAGGAUCUGAAUAGAUAUGUCUCUAAGAGAGACAUAUAGUUUGUUCAUUAACACAUGAAAACAUGUUAAAUAUCAUUAAUCAUCAGGGAAAUGCACCUCAAAACCACAGUGAGAGGGACAUCUGGAUGGCUUGGUUGAGCAUCUGGCUUUGGCUCAGGUCAUGAUUUUACAGUUCAGGAGAUCAAGCCCUGUGUGGGGCUUCAUGCUGGCAGCACAGAGCCUACUUGGUAUUCUCUCUCUGCCCUCCCCCCCCCCCAAAAUAAACAUUAAAAAAAUAAUGACACGGUGAGGAUGCAGAGAAAUCAGAAAGAACUCUCCAACAUUGCUGUUAGGAAUGUAAAGUGGUGCAUCCACUUUGGAAAAUGUGUUGACUGUUAAAAGUUGUCACAUGACUCAGCCACUCCUAUGCUAAGUAUACACCUGAAAGAAAUGAACACCUAGGACCACACGAAAACUGGUACCCAAGUAUUAACAGCACCAUUGUUCAUAGUAGCCGAAAGGGCAACAAUCCAAAUGGCCACCAGCAGAUGAAUGGAUAAGCAAAGUGUCAUCUCGCUGUACAGUUGAGUAUUAUUCAGCCAUAAAUAGGAAUGAAGCACUGAUGCAAUGUCCUAUGUGGAUGAACCUUGAAGACCUGUCAAAUGAAAGAAGUUACAAAAGCCAGUUACAAAAGCUCACAUAUUCUUUAAUUUACAGGAAAUAUCCAGAAUGGGCAAAUUUAGGUAAGUUGCAACCCAGUUAGGAAACUGGGACUUAGGAGACCAACGUGACAGGAAUCAAAGGCAAGCAUGCCCAGCUUUCUCACUGAGUGCAGACUUUCCUGUCCCUGAGAGCAACUUUAGGAAGAGAGACCUGCCCUCUGGAGAGAGUUGGGAAUUGGUGAGAUUUCUGUGUAGGUCAAAUCUGCCACCAGGGGGUGAAGGUUAUCGUGAAAGAAACCAGUUGUUUCCCCACUGAAAUGAAGUGCUUGCUCCUGGGGCAAGGUCAGGACGGUAGCCUGUGUGGACCAUAAAAUUGACGGCCACCUUAAGACACCCUUUCUGACAGCCGACACUCUGCCCGAGUGGCCACAGCUGCGUCCUUUGGGCAGUGAGCCGCAGGGCCGGCGGUGGGGGUAGGGGCAGUUUCUCAACUGCCCAUAACAUGUCCCUGCCCCCAGAGAUCCUGCUGCAGCAGCCCCCACUCCUCCUGGUUGUGACCUGCUCCAAGUCUCUGUGACUGUUCGGCUGAGAGUCUGGUGUUCCCUAGAGGCGUUGAGGCAGAACAUGUGUUGGGACCUUGGCUUUUAGGCUGUGCUGGGUAGUACCUGUCCUCUUUCAUCCCUUUAGUAGUCUUCCGCACCCCAUAGUGGAUGGCUAAAUUCUACCAAUGGGCUCUUUGGGCUCUUGGCAGAGCACAUUAGUUUGUGACACUAAACGUGAACCCACAGUCACGAAGUAGUCCGAAUCCUUUUGGCCUAGGCACCAGCCUGUCAGUUCUGGAAGUACGAUGGCCACUGACUGCUGUGCCACAUGUGGGAUCAUUGCUAAUCUGCAGAUCCCCACAAAGUGGCCAGGGCAGUAGGGGAGGCACUCAGGUGGCUCAAGGCAGGGGCAGUCGGCCAAAUAUAAUUGAAGUAUGGCAUUUAAACAAUGGAUAGAACCAAACCAGAGUAUCAUCAGAAUAUCAGUCUUGCAUUCACUCGACCUCUCGGUGCCACCCAUAAAAUGGGGACAAUAGUACCUGUUGUAGGGGCUUGUCAUGAGGAGUAAGUGAAUGAAGGCCAAGCCGGGCCCGCCAUCUUGUCAGCACUGCCCCAGCUCUUUGGCUAACUCAGCCAGGAAGUGUGUAGAUCAAAUAAAGCAAGCCUGUUGGCCACUAACAUUUUCAUAGCAGCAAGGCUAAAUCUUCAGCAUAUUCUUGAAACAAGUGAAGUACUAUAGCAACAGUUCCAGCAUGUGGUAACUGGCGUGGGGCGGUGAAAAAAGUCCCAAGAUCUGGCUUUGAGUCCCGCCUUCAUUGCUAAAGAGCUGUGUGACCUGCCAACAUCAGCCACGUCCCUGGAUCCCAACCUCUGCAUCCGUGAAAGGAGGGGACUUGUGUGCACACCAUGGGGCAGGGAGGGGCAGCAAUCAAAUAAGAUAACAGUAUGGGAUGAUUCAGAGCACUUCAGAAGCACUCCAGAAUGGCGACAAAGCAGGGCUGGUAAUGGAAGCGGUGCAUUGGGCCAGACAAGUGGGACCUGUGGCCGAGAGCAAGGAGCCUGUGCUUUGAGGGGAAAGCCACAUCUCUCGUCAUGAGAGUGCAGGCUUGAUGUUGCCGGAUCUAUGGAUUUUUUUCAAGAGAAAAAGGGAAUCUGGGUUUUUAAAAUGUAAAUGUGACAUUUCUGAUUUGUGUAUGUUCUUGAGUGGCCAUGGUCAGACCUGGUGAAUAGACAAACUGAGUAGAUGUGUUGGUACAGGAAGAAAUAAAAGUAUGGUGGGUCUGUCCCACACCCACCCUUCCCACUCUUCCUGCCUCCCCCUCCCGUCCUUUUGGCCUGGGAUAAAAAGCAGUGAGUCAGGGUAAGUCAGGUGCUCUGAUCCUCAUUCUGUACAGGCUGCAGAGACUUUUCAAGCUGUAAGGGACACUGCACCCUAGGGGACUGUGGUCGUUUGCAUUCUUGGUCUGGUGUAUUUCCUGCAUACAUGUCUGGUUGGCCAGAUGGUCAGCCAAAGGGAGUAGAGGCCAAUUCCAUGUCAUCAGCCCCGUAACCUGGAUCAAUCCUAAUUGACCUCACUCAGCCAGGAAGUGUGUGGGCCAAAGAGAACUUGUCUGCAGGUGUGAUUUAGCCUGUAGGCUGCCAGUUUGCUAUCCCCGUACCAUGCAAAUUUCCCUGGUUCAGCAAACACUAAGUACAUACUUGCUCUAUGCUAAGCACUGCGCCAGUCCCCAGAGACAUGAAGGUGACUGGAGGCCAGUCCUCAUUCUGAAGUAACUUGCUGUGGUGUAACAAAUCAUUGUCAUGAAGUCUGACAAGUGCUAAGACAGAGCUCUGUGCAGUGGGAACAGAAGGAAUGCUCCCUAGGCCAGUGUUGGGGUGGAAUGAACAAGUAAGGGAAGAGCUCCUGUAGGUGACAGCUGAGCUAAGUUCACAGGACGGGUAGGGACUGUGGGGUCAGAGGAAGUAGAGUGGAGGCUGUGGUGGGUGUCGUCCCAGGCACAAAGCUCAGGUGAGGCGUGAAAGGGAGAAAGAGCAAGUGUGGUUUAAUAAUGAGCUGCUGGUUGGGAGAAAUGGGGUGAGUGCUGGGGAGUAAGCCAGAGGUCCGUGGCCUUGCGGCGAACAGCCUUGAACACCUCACUAACAUCCCACAGACACUUCUGGGUAUUGGUCUCGACCAGUAGAACAUGCACGUUACCCUCAACAAGCCCGCACUUGAAGGCAUCAGUGCGAUAAAGAUGGAUGUCUGAAAUGAUGGGAGCACUAAGGUAUUGUGUGGGGGGGCAGAGUGAGAGCAGCUCUCCCUUGCGGUAAAAUGGGUGAAUGAGGUAGAAGAGAAUUGAGAUCGGAAAUGGGGAGUUCAAUUAGGAAGCUCCUGUGGGAGUUGAACAGGUAAAUGAAGAAGGCUGCAUCAAGUUGGUGGGAAGGAGAGCAGGGGAAGCGAGAUCUGAAGGAAGAAAUAAAUGUAAGCGGUUGAUUCUUUAGGACUUGGCAACAGAGGGUUAAAGGGUGCAGAGCACGUGAGUGAGGAAGAAAGGAAGAGAGGGACUCAGGUUAUUGUACACUGAGUGGGAAAUGCAGAAAAGGGGUCAAGUUUGGAGAAUGUAGCAGAGGCUUUGGGGCGUACCGUGUCACUCCUCUAAAAUGAGGACACGUUACUGCCCUUUGUACUCUCUGCCGUUAGGAAGGAGACCUAGCACUUGAUGGACCUCUUUGGCUUUGGGACACAAUACCUAGCAUAUUGGGAAAUAACUGCUCCAGUCCGUCCACUGAAUGAUUCGACUCUGCGUGGACCACGUGGCCAGCAAGUGCAGUGGUGCUAGAGAUACUCAUGGUGGGUAAGGAUGCAGCAUGGAGUCUGGCAAGCCCCAGUAGGGGACCCUGUGGGUUUGGGAACAGGACUAUGCUUUCUAGUCCCCAUUUGAAAAGCAGCUUCCAGAAUGCUCUUGGGUCCUGACCACGGGACAUCAUUUGGCCAAGACCUCAGAACUUCUCAUCGUGAGCUGGGUUUUGUACUGUUCGUGUCACAAAUCCAGGCAGGCCCCGUAGCAGUCGGCUCUAAGAUGGGAAGUGGCAACAUCUAGGAUCGGGCGUUAGCAGGGCCCGGGGGCACAAGCAAGCUGCGCAAAUAGACUCACGCACGUGCCUCUUCCCCAGACCUCCAAGGCACCCCCGCUGUUGCAUCGAUGACUCUCCCUCAGUUCUCGCCAAGCAUUUUCUUGUGAUCAGCCGAGGGAGGAAGUAGCCGGACUGCUGGUGUCACUAAAGCCCCAGGUGAGGUAGCCCUGAAAGACAGUGCCUAGUGGUUAGUCCCUCCCCAUGAGCAGAACUUCAGGUGCUACACCUGUAAGUCAACAUGGUUCAGUGGAAGUGUGUGUAUUUUAUAAGAAUAUGUAUCUUGAGGGGCGCCUGGGUGGCUUGGUCGGUUAAGCGUCCGACUUCGGCUCAGGUCAUGAUCUCACGGUCCGUGAGUUCGAGCCCCACGUCGGGCUUUGUGCUGACAGCUCAGAGCCUGGAGCCUGUUUCAGAUUCUGUGUCUCCCUCUCUCUCUGCCCCUCCCCUGUUCAUGCUCUGUCUCUCUCUCUCUCAAAAAUAAAUAAACGUUAAAAAAAAAUUUUUUUUUUUAAAAAGAAUAUGUAUCUUGUGCACCGGCCAGGGAUUUGGUUGGUCAGGUGCCUGAAAAGAAAAUGCUAAGAAGAAGGGAGACAAGGGAGGCCUGAGCUAGGGGCGUGCGGAUUGUUUUAUGGGAGUGGACGCAAAGUGUGUGGCUCUUUUAUGUUCACGCUCAUGCUUGUCAGCACCCACCACAGAGGAUGCACUCGACAACCAGGUGGACAGCAUGAUGCCCUGUGGAGGUCAGCCUCGUCCUCAGCCAUCCCGGGGCUUGCAUGGUGAGCGCCUGCGCAGGGUAGCCGUGGUGACGGAUGGAGGCUAAGCAGGGGCCCACCAGUGCGAGCUCCCUCUCAGGACGGUCUGGCCACUGCCACUGCUGACUGAUACAGGCCCUGAGCCCUUGACCAGCCAGCUGCUGGCCAGAAGUUGAUUACAUCGGGCCCCCCCACGCUGGAAGGAGGAGCGAAUCCUCCCUCUGGGGCUUUUUCCCUAAUCUAGUGUUAAUCUGAGGGUUUACAGAGUGCCUGAUGUAUUUACGUGGGCUGCCUCGUAACAUCACCUCAGAUCAAGAGGCCCGUUUUACGGCAAAGGAAGUGCUGCAACAUUGGGUGCGUGAUGAUGGGACCCACUGGUCUGGCAUGUACCAAAUCGCGGGAAGCAUCCGGCUUCAUAGAAUGAUGGCUUGCUUUGCAAAAGCUCAGCUAAGGCCCCAGCUCGAGGAUGAUGCCCAGGCUGGGCGCGGUCACCGGGAUGUAGCUGACCUGUGGUGCUGUGUCCCCAGUUGCUGGAAUACACAGGAAUCAAGGGGGGGUGUGGGCUCAGUCCCUCUGACCACCACUCUCAGUGCUCCCCUCGCAUCAGGUGAGAGGAGGUCUGGAACUCAAGCCUGGCAAUGUCAGAAAAUGGGCCCUUGCAGCAACCGUCGCCUGACAAGGCCAAGUCAACUGAGGGCCCAGAGCCCUCGGAUGUGGGCCUGACUCAACCCAUCAGGCACACAACCUAGACUAGCUGGCAAGAAAAUCUAGAAUAGGUGGUGGAGAAGGAAGGUAACGAGCAGUAAUUUCAGCCUCGACUUGCUGUCCCGGUGAAGGGUGGUGGCUCAUCCCUCUGUCCUGUGUCCUUUCACUAGCUCAUGGCGGGCCACUACCUUGAAGACUGUGUGACAGAAUGGACUUACUGUGGGGCAGAAGUGGGUUGGAGAGGUGCAAGGGGCAGACCAGGGUAGACUAUUUGGGUGCCCUGCGUCGCAUCCUCCUUGUCACCCUCUGAUUUCAGCUGCAGCCAUGGGAGAUGUUCUUUGUGAGCUUUGACUCAUUUUGACGGCACCCCCAAUUGCAGCACAGGGAGUGCAUCAUCCUGAUGUCUUUUCUAGGGCCUUCUUCAAAGCCACAGGGGUCUGUUUGGCUUGCAUGGCUCAAAUGCAGCCCAAAGUUAGGGGAGUUUAAUGGCCCUGGGACAAUCCUCAACAAUGAAGGAUGGGGAGCCAUUGGAUAGAUGCCCCCACCACACGUGCCCUACCCGAGGGAUAAAUGCCCAGCCUUACAUCUUUUGGUUGGACAAUUCUGGGAGGCAUUCCCUGUGCCUCUCAGGAGAUUCCCAGUGUAAGGGAGCCCCCACUGCUCACAGCGGUGACUUUGAUGUUGGACCUCAUAUUGAUUUUCCUCCUUUGCUCUCUCACAGUCCUCCGUUCCUCAUUCCUAUUUCCUGAGACCACCUCCCAGUUAAACCACCUGCACCUGAGUCCUUGUCUCAGGCUCUGCUUCUGGGAGAAUCCAAACUAAGACCAGAAGAGAGUCCAGAGUUCACUCUGCACUUAACAGGCUGAAGAGACAUUUUGUUUCCAGGCAGUGACCACAUGACUAUUGGAGAUGUAGAUUUAUAUAGAAAACCCACGUUUAAAGUGACCAAUGGAAGAGAAGCACCCUUUUAAGGCAGUGGUUUUCAGCCAGGGGCCAUUUUGCCCAUAGAGGCCAUUUGACAAAGCCCGAGGACGUUUUGGUUGUCACAAUGAUGGGUGGGGAAGGGUAGAGAGAAGUCAGAUGCUGCUCCAGGCAUUUAGUGAGUAGAGGUCAGGGAUGCUGCUAAACAUCCAACAAUGUACAAGUCAAGUCCUCAUAACAAAGAAUGACCCAGCCGCAGUUGUCAAUAGUGUUCUAAGGAGAUUGCAAAGGGGCAGCCGAAGCAGCAGGAAGAAAACUGGGAGGGAGUGGUGACAGCCAGAGUUGCCCGGGGGCUAGAAGGGCCAGCCGGCCAAUGCUGUAGGCGGUCAGGGGAGGGAGGGACCAAUAAUUGUCUAUCUAGUGUAGAUAGGACCUUCGUCCAGGCAGUUUCCUCAGCUGAGGUGCACAAGUCUGUUGGUGUGGAGGAAGGCAUGAGGGAAAGGCAGUGAGGACAAGGACAGACCUUCCUCAGGAGCUCGGAGGUGAACGAAAGGAAGGGCUGCUGAGACUGGCUGGAAGGAGCAGUAGAGUGGAGGAAGAGUUUGAAAAGAUCCUGGAAAGACAAAUGUCAUCUGUAUUUGAUGAUCAGGAACCAUGGGGACACAGGGACAGGGGCGACUGAUGGUAGAGCCCCUGGACAUCCGUGCUGCCAAACCCCAGAACACAGGACACUAACUCGGGUCAGGUAAGGAAAACCUUCCUCUGAAGCUGGACGCGGGAGGGCAUGGGAGCAGUUACACAGGCAGCUGUGGGGGAGAGAGUGUAGACUGUCCAGGGGUUAACCCCGGGCCUUUUGGUUCUUCCAAAGUCUAGGAAAAGCUGUCUGCAGGGUGUGAGGGGAGAGGUGCAGGGUGGGAACCUUUUUAAGGACUCCCUGAUGAUAGAUUAUGUAUGGUUGUUGAUCGUAUUGCGACUGGUAUCGCUCUGCUCUCCCGAAAGAGUCUCUUUGGGAAGUCUGUCCUUUUUAUUGCCUGGUGUGUUCCUGAGGCUAUUGUGGACACUCAAGUCUCCCCUGAGACACUGGCGGCCACUCCUCUGCAGAAUGCCUGCAGAGAUCCAGAGUUCUCUCCUGAGAGGCUUGUGGACUUGGGGCAUUUAAGCGUUGGGGUCACCUCUGCCUCCUGGUUUCUGUGUCUGUAUGGGCUCUCUCUGCCACGGCUUCAAACUUGGACAUGAAGCCCUUCUCUCAGUUCUGCGGAACCACCUCACGCCAAACGUUUGGCUUGUGGCUGGGCCUGGGGUCAUGCAGUGCCCACCCUCGAGCCAUGUUGUGAGCCCUCUUCCUCUUCCCUUCCCUGCCCCUCAUGUGUUCCCUGCAAAUUGUCCGCAUCCCCGCAUCCUUCUCCCCCUGUUUACUCAGCCCUCCCAAGCUCCCCGCCCCUGACCCAGACCGUCAUGGUGUACCGCAGACAAGAAGGCUUUCUGUUAGAUUCAUCCUCUAACAGAAGGUGGUUCUGGUUGAACUGCGUGAAAAUGUGCUUUUCCCAUAAGACUACAGAUUCGGCAGCUAGGGUUUGGGCGCACAAACCCGGUGCAGCUACUCACUAGAAACCAGAAGGCCCCCCUCUCUGAGGUCAUAGACUCACCUUGCAAGGUAUCAGCUCCUCCAGGGAGAGUGUGGGGAGGAGUGAAAAGGCAGAGUUAAGCUAGAGGUGUAUAGAAGGCCCAACUGAGACAAUGUCCCAACCCACCCCCUCCUCAUUUUGUCUCCUGAGGGCCAGCUGAGAGGUCAGAAGGCCCGGCAACUGGGACUUGUUCCUCUGCUUGUCAACCUUGUGAUCUUCGGCCUCCAUGUUCUCAAGGAGAAUGAGGGAGCAAAAGAUUUAAUGAAAGAGGAUCUGUGAAUACGUGCCUCAGAGUAGCUACUGUUCUGGAUGCCACAUUCCCUCCACUUCUGCAACAAGAAAAAGAUGUGAGUCUUGAUUCUUGUCUGGGUGCUCAGAAUCAGUGAAACGUUUGGUGGCCCUCCAUAGUUCCUUCGGUGCUGGUCGGUCAGUCCGCAGCCCGUACCGUCCCUCACCAUGCGGUCUGUAUUUAUUUUGGAAGUUAAAAUGAAUUCAUAUUUCAUUAACAAACUUUUCUGUAUUUUUAUCUGUCAUGAGGAAAUUGCUGCUGCCUCCCCGCAACCCACACACCAAUCAGGGCCAGACCCUCUCUCAUCAAGGGGCCGAUUUUAGGGCUCCUGGUGCAAUUUUGGAAGCUCCCAGCAGGGGGCAGCCUAGCUCUUCUCCGUCUCCCGCUUGGUGGUGAAGGGCUGGCUGCUGCCUGGAGAUUUCUAGGGUUUGGCAGACUCUUGACCGUGACCCACGUUGGCCAUGCGUUUUUACAUCAGUAUAGGGUUGCACACAUGUAUAAUUUGCUAAGCAAUACUUCCCCUUCCUACACGGGUGCACUCUGAUCUAUUUCUAGUUUGUUCAGUUCUGCUGGAGAUUUGGUCAUUUUAAAAAUGCUGCUCACACCCACCAAUAGAUGGAGAUCUGUACUCUGAGACCCACGGGGAGGCUAAGCCUGGGGAGUGGGGAUGGGAUGGGGGAGAUUUGGGGACCCCUAGGAUAGGAUCUCUCAGUACAGUGGUUAAAGGUGUGGGUUUGGGAGCCAGGCUGCCACGUGGAAUCCCAGCUCUGCCCUUUCCAUCUGUGGCCAGGACCACAUACUCCACCCCUCGGUGCUCAGUAAAGGACAGCUCCUGUUAUAGUCACAGCUCCUUAUCCAUGCGGAAACAAGGAUGUUUUUAGCGUCUGGUGGAUUCGCUCACCCAACAUGUGUUGACACGGGUUACUGAAGAUAACUGAGCAGAAGGCUCCGGGCCUGGCAGAGGUGGUUGAGAAACACACAGCCGGUUACAACAGAUGUGACAAGGGCGUAGGUGGUGAUUAGUGCCGUGCCCUCUGGGAGCACAUGGGUACCCAGAGGACUCCUUAGCUCAGCAGCCCUCCAAUUAUGGUCCCCAGACCGGCGGCGGCAGCUUCAGCAGCAACAGAACCUGGAAACUUCUGGAAACUUGUUAGAAACGCAAAGUCCCCAGGGCACCCGGGUGGCUCAGUUGGUUGAACGUCUGACUUCGCCUCAGGUCAUGAUCUCACAGCGUUCUAGUUCAAGCCCCACGGUGCAAAGCCCACUUGGAUCCUCUGCCCCCACCCCCACUUGUGCUGUAUCUCUCUUAAAAAUAAACAAACAAAGAAAUGCAAAGUCUUGGGCCUUAGCCCAGGUGUAUAAAAUCAGAAACUGAAGGUGGGCCCGGCUAUUUUUUUUAAUUAAAAACAAUUUUUUAAAUGUUCAUUCAUUUUUGAGAGACAGAACGUGAGCGGGGGAGGGGAAGAAAGGGGGGGGAGACACAGAACCCGAAGCGGGCUCCAGGCUCCUAGCACAGAGCCUGAUGAGGGGCUUGAACCCACGAACCGUGAGAUCGUGACCUGAGCCGAAGUUGGACGCUUAACCAGCUGAGCCACCCAGGUACUCCCCACCCCACUGGAUCCCCUGGCUAUCUGUUUUAAUAAGCCCUCCCAGUGAUGCUGGUGCACACCCAGUUUGAGAAUGACUGCCAGCAGCUACCAGACUGCUGCACUUGAGGUUGUCUGGGGACAUCCACUACCAGUGUCACCACAAUGGCUGGGAGUGGGAGCCAGGCAUCACAAGUUUUUAAAAAGAUUCCCAGAUGAUUCCAGGGUGCAGCAAAGUAGGGGAACCACUGCCCCAACCCACACCUGGGUGGAGGGUGGAGGAGGGGGCAUCUGAGAAAACUUCCUAGAGGUGGUGUCAGAGAGGCAGAAACCUUAAAUGCAAUGGGGGCUGUGAGCCAACGUGGGUUAGAGGGGAAUGUGGAGGGUGAGGGGGUUGCUGGUGCCCACAGAAGGUUCUAAAGGACUUUAAUCUAGUGCUGUAGAAGCUGGGCUCUGGACGCAGGCCAUCUGGGUGUGAAUCAUGCUGCACCCAGACUCUCUGGUGGGGCUGCAGACAAGUCCUUUAACCUCGCUGUACUUAUCCACGUGGGGUUUUGUGAGGAUUAAGCACACAUAUAAGAAAUGUUCCUAUCGCUUCUCGGCCUUUUGGCUAAGAUCAAGUGAAGAAAUGUUCCUUAUAAAAAAACAAACACAAGAAAUGUUCCUUAUUACUGUUGGGAUGGGGCUAUAAUUAUAAGUUGAGCUAGAGGCCCAGACACGAGCCAGAGUAUCUCAGGAGAGGACACUAGAGAGUUGGGGGGGGACAAAGCCACGGGGGCUUUACCUCCACACUCUGGGUCUGAAGGCUCUGGGGAGCCAUGUGGAGAUGUGUGUGGGGAAUGUACUAGAGAACAGCAUGGCUAGAGGAGUGUGGGCAGGGAGGGGGCGCGUCGCCCUGAGGCAGGUCAGAGUGAUGGUGGCCUGCCUGGCAGAGAGGGGCAAUAGGGGGGCUACUGAGAUGGUGAAACGGACCUGGAGGUGAGGACGUGUCCCAUUCUGGGCCAAAGUGGGUGGUCUGUGUGCUGAGUUGGGGCGCCCCCCUCUUCACACUCAGCUCCAUCCAGCCCCAGGUUUUCUUGUCAUUCUGUAGACCUGGUGGGUGAGGGGUCCUGAGGGGGGCCUUUCCCUGCUCCUCUUCCCACCGCCCCCUUCCCCACAAGCGCACUCUUCCUGGGAAUAGCUGAGCGGUUUGCAUUUUGGAGCCAUUGCUUGGUUGAGGGCCUUGAAGGCCCAUCCAGGGAGGCGCACUCCUUGCACUCAAAUGUGUCAUGUGUGUUCCCACCUCCAGGCCUUGCCCACGCCUCCGCCUUUCUCCCAUCUCUCAGAAUUCUGCCUUCCAUCCACCCCCUUCUCCACACACACACUCCAAGCCUCGCCUGCUUGAAGCGUCCUGACCACAGCUACUGUCCUGGGAAGGACGGCGGUUUUCUCACUCUAUCAUCAGUGCUGAGCCGUAUUGUAGCAGCUGAAAUACGAGCUCCCAAGGAGGCUGAAGAGGGUCUCCAUGCCUCCACCCCUCCCAGGAUGCCUGGCCCAGUGUUUGGCCGAGAAGAUAUGGGGGGUAAGCCUCCCUCAUUGGGUUGGGAGGGAAACACUGAAUUCAAUCUGAGAAUUAGACGAUCAGAAUUGUCAGCUGGGGCCUUGGCCCCUGAGGGGGUUCAGUGGGCGAGAACAGAGGGCGGAAACUUCUCACAGUGUCGACCUCCCUGGGGUCUCAAGGGGGUUAGGUGCAUCCCUCUCCUUUCUGUGAUGGGGUCCCUCCUUCAUCCUGCAGUGAGGGGUGGUGACAGUGGGGCCCUCUCUGCACCCUUGCCCAGGCCUGCUGAGGCGGCUUCUCCCAGCACCUGGUGGUGAGGGUGAAAGAGCGGCCAGCACCGAGUGAAGGGCACGACCAGGGGCAGCUCAGGUAAGACCACUUAGCCUCUAAGGAGGCUGUGUGCCUGGGGUCAUGGGGUGCUGCCCAAGAGGCACCAGAAAUAUCAAGAUGAAAGCCCCAGAAGCAAUAGGAGGACUGAAUUGUGUCACACAGAUGCUAAUGCCUGGGGGUGGGGGUGGGGCCGUAAGGACUGAGAGCUCAGACCCAGACGAACCCCAGGUUUGUUCACCAGCUGAGGGUAGUGAGCAAUGCAGGCAACUGAACCUCUCUAGAUCUCAGUUUCCUCAUCUGCUAAGUGGGGUCACAAUAGUACCUGUUACUCAAGUGAUUAAAACUUCAGUUACAGGGGCGCCUGGGUGGCUCAGUCAGUUAAGCGUCCGACUUCGGCUCAGGUCAUGAUCUCACGGUCUGUGAGUUCGAGCCCCGUGUCGGGCUCUGUGCUGACCGCUCAGAGCCUGGAGCCUGUUUCAAAUUCUGUGUCUCCCUCUCUCUCUGACCCUCCCCCGUUCAUGCUCUGUCUCUCUCCGUCUCAAAAAUAAAUAAACGUUAAAAAAAAAAUUUAAAAAAACUACUUCAGUUAUAUAGAUUCAAAUAUAUGAUACAGUGAUUAAGUGAUAUAAGUGAUAAAGUAUGUAGAGUCCUUUAGCAAAGUGUCUGGCACCGAGCAAGCUCUAAGAGGUGCAAACUGUUACUAUUGCUGCUGUUUUGCUUGGUCGUGAAUGGUUAUAAUUCAGGAAAAGGUGAAUCCACUGAAUGAUCCCGAAUGGCCCGAGAUGGGACUCGGAGGAUGGGUCAGCCAAGAGAGAGGAAGGACUAACCAGCGGGAGGGAGCAAAAUGUUCUGAUUGUCUAGAAGAAAGGAACGUGGUUGUUGGGAUGUAAGUUUAAUGUCAUUCAGCAGCAUUCUAGAAUUAUUAAACAGAUGGGUUGGGAGCACUUUACGAAAAACCAUGCUUUUCCAGAACUAAUUCAUUAAAUCACGUCAAACCAAACUCUCAGUGACUUUAAUUACCAAAGGAUUCUUUUUUUUUCCAUUCACUCAACAUAUUUAUUGUCAGCCUGUUAGGAAAAGCACAGCAUAUCUUGGCAAGGCACUGAAUGAGGUUUCCCAUGCUUUCCAUGUGGACAUGAGAGAGGAAUGUGAGCAGGGUGGUGGCUGGUUAGUGAGGUCUAUAGCGAUAUGAACAUUUUCCCCCAAGAACUGGAUGAGUGGCUGGACAUCACCCUGGAGAGCUGGCCCGGCUGGCAGGCCCCAGGGCUCUCGUCCAGUCACUGAAGUGUCAGAGGCACACAUGGUGGGGAGGAUGGGCCGAUAGAGUACAUAGUUGGCACUUCAGGAUUCAGCUAAUUAAGAGCAAAACAUAAUCGGGGCGCCCGAGUAGCUCAGUCGGUAAAGCGUCCGACUGGGCUCAGGUCAUGAUCUCGCGGUUCGUGGGUUUGAGCCCCCAUCAGGCUCUGUGUGGACAGCUCAGGGCCUGGAGCCUGCUUCGGAUUCUGUGUCUCCCUCUCUCUCUGCCCCUCCCCUGCUCACUCUCUGUCUCUCUCUCUCAAAAAUGAAUAAACAUUAAAAAAAAUUAAGAGCAAAACAUUAUAGGAUAGCAGGGAAGUCAUACAGUAAAUUUUUUUUUUCUUACAAUGGAAGUAAAAUAAACUCAUGGUAGAAAGCUUGGAAAACAUAAAAGACCAUAAAGAAGUAACUAACAGACACCUGUACUUCUCCCCGAAUGGCACAGUUUAAUAGCGUGAGCAAGGAGAAGGAUGAGAAUGGAAUUUGGGUGAUGUUUAAGAUGGUCAGUUCAGGACUGUCGCACCUAGAAAAGGGUUUGUGCUGUAUCAGCCUUUGCCAGGUGGACAGGCUGUCAGGAAGACUGGAGGCUGGCACACGUUGCUCAGGCAGUAGAGCCAGCGCUCAGAGGCCCUGCGGGUAGAUCUUAGCUCCCCGAGAAGGAAGUAGCUCCGCCCACCGACGGAGUCCCAGCCCUGGAGGGGAGGGGCUCCUAUUCACCUGGAGCGUUGGAGGGCAAGCUGGUUCUAAGCCUGUUUCCUCUCCUCUCCGAAUGUGACUGAAGACGCCCCCUGCCCUGCUAUGGUUCCUUUCCACUCAAACAUUCAUGUAUCUGGCUGUGCAGACGUGGAGGCAAAAAGAAGUGCAUUCAGUCACUGCCAAGGGAAACGAGCAUGUUGCAAAACAGCGUGCUCUCAAUUUUGUUAGAAGUAUACAGUUAAGCAUAAAUUCAUUGAAAAGUAAUGGCAAGAAAAUAUUAAAGCUCCUGUGGGAGAUGCUUUUCAUCUUUUAGGCUCUUUUGAUUUUUCCAAGUUUUCUACAAUUGACUUAUUUUAAAAUCCAAUUAAUGUCAUAGUAAAGUAAAUGUGUCUUACAAGUGAGGAUACUUUUUUUUACUGAAACAAUAGACCAGGGAGUUGGGGGUGGGGGGUGGGGUUGGAGCAUCGUCUAGACAGCUAUGUAGGGUGGGGUUCAUUGUGGAGGAAUUGAACGUCAGGAGGAACUGUUUAGGUUGGUUUACUCAUUGCAAUAGCAAUGAUAGUGACCUUAUUUGCUGACCCAAACUCAGGACUGAUAAUCUGACAGAUAACAGCAUAUUUGUGGGAUCAAGAGGACACAAUACUGUAAUCAAAGAUGCAGCAUUCCUGCAGAAUCAGUGUUACAACAGGGAGACUCACAGGAUUCUCAAGGGAUUGGCAUUCAUUUGCUCGCUCAUUCAUUCAUUCAUUCAUUUAGUUGUGUGACAUUUCUUAAGCUCUUGCCAUAUGGCACACUGUGCUGUGUACCUGAGGCAAGCGGGUCUUUGGGGGAGCUGGGUACAGGACAUGCCACAAGAUGAAGGUAAAAUGGCCAGUUAGUGGGUCCCAGCACAUCCAGGCGAGAGGCUCUGAGUCUCAGAAAUAGGAGUGGUGAGAAUGGAAAUUCCAGUGGUAUUUCCAGAUUGUCUUUGCUUGCUUCACAGUUGCACUAUGGGUCUUUUUCAGCACCCUAAACAGGACAGAGAACACAGGAGGUACUCAACAGACAUUUGGUAGUUAACGGGAGAGAAUGUUACUAUGGUGGGAGGAGGGCUUGAAUCGAACCCCAGACGAUGGAUAGUUAUUUAUUUAUUGACUUUGCAAACUCUUCAUUGCAGUAAGUAUACCCUGAAUGUUGACCAUGUGCCAGCCCUACUGCUCUGAGCUGAAGCUGCCAAGAUGAGACAUAGUUGUUGUUUUUUUUUUUUAAGUAUAUUUAUUUCUUUUGAGAGAGAGAGAGCUCACGAGAGCACAGGAGGGGCAGAAAGAGGAAGAGAGAGAAUCCCAAGCAGGCUCCGCACUAUAAGUGAGCCACUCGGGUGCCCCGAGACAUAGUUUUCAUCCUAGAGGAAUUCACAGCGUGACAGUCUGACUGGGGAGAGAGACACAACUGUAACCAGUGAAAGUGCUUAUAUGAGACCAAUAUAAGGUGAAUCUAGCUAAAGGUAUAAUUAGUACCGUUAGGCAUAAUUAGAAGCUAAUUAGUCAAAGGCACCACUAAAGAGGAAAUGGCAUUUGAGUUCUAGGAUGGUCCGGGUGGGAAUGGAGUGGAAGGAAUUCCUAGCAUAUGGAAAAAUAUUAAGGUACAAGGUACAGUCCAGGAAUGGCAAGGUCCUUCUCAGCCUGCUUUAUGAGUGCAUUUACUUCUAUCCAUCCCUACAGGGCAGCCGUACAAAUCUGUAGGGCUGGUGCUGAACCGGUCUUGCCCUUCUCUCAGAACUGCUCUACCCCCAUCUAAAUUGCAACAAGACAUACAUAUCUGCCCAUCAGGCUGGAGUUGAUUGGUCCAGGGAUGGAUUGUGACCAAACUGGACCACUCAGAGUUCUUCCUGGGAAUUUGGAGUUGGGACACUAGAUCCCACGGCCAGUCUCCUUGGCCUCUUGCCGUCAAUGUGAAUUUGAGAGUUAUGGAGCCCUGGGGGAGGCCCUAGCAAUGUAGGCACAAGGCCAUAUGUUUUUAUAAAAUUUGCAGAAGUAAGAUAAUUUUCAAUGUAAUUAGUUAAGUCUACUAUCUCUUUCCUUUCUGAGCCCCUUCUGUCACUCCUUCUCAUGAUGGAUGGUGUUGGAGUGGCUCUGGGCAUUUGGGGAUCUAGCUAAGGGGAAGUCAAGUUGAAGGUGCAUUUAGUUAGGAUUAAGUGGGAUUUAUUUAUGUGAUUUGCAGCCACUUACACUCUAGUUCCUGUAGAAAUGGCUCGCUAUGAGCAUCAAGACACAUGGGUACAGGACCCGAGGUGGUAUUGCAAUGUAAGCCUGUCCUCUGAAGCUGGCCUAUGCACGUGUGGGUAAUUCAGGAGAAAUAAGGUUUGAAACGAUGGGUUCUUCUGGUCAUCAAAUACAUAAAAUUAGAAACUUUUUGGUUUUAUUAAUUCCUAUUCAAAAUGGAAUUGCAAUCCUAUAAUUGACAAAAGUUCUCUCCUUGCUCGAACUCUACUCAGCCUCAACGGGGCCCUGACUUUUGAGCUUCUAUGUUUUUCUUUGCAUGGUCCAAGAAUCCUGCUUAGUCUAUUGAGCCAGAAUGCCCCAGCCUCCAGAUCUGGUCGCCCUCAUCAUCUGCUAGCACCCAGGUGAUGUGUGAUCACCCUGGCCUGCCCUCAGCAAGUCCUGUGAGGUCAGCUUAGCCAGAAUCCCUUCUCACCCUUGAUGUUUCCUCUGAAUGAUUUUCCACUCACUGACCCUCAUCCUGCUCGAUCUAUCUCCUCUACUACAGAACCCCAUUGUAAAACCCCCUUUUUAGAGAGAGAGAGGGCACAAGUGGGCAAAGGGCAGAGAAAGAGAGAGAAUCCCAGAGGGGCAGAGGGAAGGAAAGAGAGAGAGGGGGAGAGAGAAAGACAGAGAGAGGAACAGGGUUUACCUGAUGCAGGGCUCAAGCUCACCUGAAGCAGAGCUUGAAUUCACUGAUGUGAGACUCAUGAAUCUCAUGAACCACGACAUCAUGACCUGAGCCAAAAAGAGUCAGAUGCUUAACCAACUGAGCCACAUAGGCACCCCUAAUUUUUUUAACAUAAUACACACUGUACUUUUGUAUUAAAGUGGGAGUCCCAUGAAACUGAAUUUAUUAGAAUUUUUGUGUUUACAUUUCUCGCCGAUUUGAACAAGAAAACUUGUGAUGCCUUGAAUUUUCAUAGCUCACGUACAAAAAGAAACUGAUAGAAAUUUUCCCGGAUUUCCCAACAAUCCUAAACAUUUACAUGACAAUAGCAAUAGUAAUUUAUGACCGGGAACAUUUUCUAAACUAACCAUAAUAGAGAAACAAAUUUGGAUCAACUAUAUUAGAGGAAAUACUAGAAUAGUCUUCCAUUUUCUCUAUGGAAGAACAUCACAGAACUGUCCCAAGUGGAGGUAAUCAAAGAGUAUGCAGCCAAAAAAUAUAUAGAAGAAAAAUAUAGUAAAGGUGGGUUGGGCUCCACAUUCAUUAAGAUGUUAUGUUAUUUUUCUGGACUUUGUGAUAUUUUUGGUAUUUCUUAGCUUUUUAACAUUUGUAAUUUGCUGUGCUUUCUUGUCUCAUUGUAGAUAGAUUUUCAGAUUUGGACUAAUUUUGUGUUUAUCAUUUUGUAUUCUUCUUCUUCAGUCAAAUGCUCUACCCCUGAGCUAUACCCCCCUCUGCUUGUAUUCUUCUUCUUACAUAGUCCCUGCCCACCUCACCCUGCUUCUGCCCCCCCCACCCCCACCCCAAAUGCAGUAUAAGCUUCAGGCCCCUCUGUCCCUGUCCUGUGCCUCUAUGACUCGCUCACUCUCUUUGGGCCUCUGUGUCUUUCCUCCCGGUCAGGGUUGGUCCCCUGACCUUCCACCAGCCUUUCUUCCAAGGAGUAUUAGAGGUGAGCUGGUUAAUCCUGCCAUCAUCCCUCCUGCCUGUAGAGAGGCAAAGCAUCCGUUAUUACAUUUGAUCCUUACUGCAAACCGUGAGGGGAAAAAAACCAGUCUUUUUAUGAUGGGAAUGUUGAAAUUUACACGAAAAUAGGUGACAUAACCACAGCCUCUAGGGCAGGCUUGGUAGGGUCUGGUGGCUCUGGGCUGGGCAAUGGAGGAGCCAGAAGGUAAGUCUCUGCAGUCCGAAUCCUUUCUCCAUGCUGCCCCCACGCUUCUUGAGGACGUUUGACACUAUGAUUAUGUGGUCAUGUCCGCACCCUUCCGCCAGGCUGGGAGAUGGGCAGAGCGUCCAACCCACGGGCGGGACCGGGUUGGAACAGCCUCAGAACAUGAAAUGGGACCUUGGCUACCUCUCCUGGGGCCUCCUUCCUCCUGGAAGGCAGGCCUGGGGGCUGGCAGGGGCGGCAUCAGAAUCGCUGGGGGAGUUCUUUCCCCAGUCAUGUUCUGUGCACCUCUCCCAGCCUAUUCUGAUACCAGCUGGAGGACAGACAGGACAGGCACGUUUGGGAAACUUCCAGGCAAAUCUGAUACCCACCCAAAUUCAGGAUGGGAACUAGGCCAGAGGGGCUCGUGAGAGUAACCAGGAGCCCACGGAGGCCCAGGUCUGCUCACCGCUGUACAGAGCCAUCUACUCCUAGGGGAACGCGGAGCCAGACUUCCUGGGCUGAGUCCCUGACCCACCCUAGUCUUUUGACCCUGGCAAGUCGCUUGACCCUGGAAUCUGCCUGCUUCUCUGUGAUAUGGAAAUAACUGGGGCAACUUACCUGAGAUGUGACCAUGCGGGUGAUGCCCCUAGCACAGAAUUGACGCAUACGGCUCAGAAAUGUCAGCCACCGUGGUUACUUCCUACACUGACAUCAACCAAGCGGGAAGGGAGAGGUAGACAGUGUUCCCUUAUCCAAGGCCCGAGCUGGUGACAGGCUUCCUUCCCUCCUCCACACAGAGGAGGCUGGAGGCCAGCCGCCAAACCCCAGGGACUCAUCCUGAAAUCCAGCCCAGGCCAGCAGUAUCUCCUUUCGGCUCAGCAGCCCGGCAGCCCGGACCACCCUCUUUUGUCUGGGGCUGGGGAGACCGGUUUGGGGAAAUAGUCUCUGGUAUCCCCCAUUCCCAGCUCCUUCUUCACGCAGCUGGGGGGUUGCGGGGAGGGUUGUCCUGGGAAGGAGGGAGCCUGCAGACCAGCUUGCUUUUUCAGCAGGAACAGGUGGGCAGCUGGACUAGCGAAGGACGGGGAAGGGCUGGGGGCUGGGAUAGCACUGCUGCCAAGGAGGCCAUUCUCCUCAGGCUCCCUGGCCUCCCCUUUCCCUCCUCUCUGGCCACCCCGAUCCCCAGGGUGCUCAGGCCCUCACACUACUAGUAAACUCACUUUCAUGAAGGUUUUGAGGACGGAACGCAUUUCGUUUCAGGGCAAUGCCCUAUAGUGACUUUCUUCAAAUGUUCUUACAAAGUGCUCAGGCUCAGACUGGAGAGAGGCUGAGGUCUUCGCCUCCUCCUCAAGGACCCCUGUGGCCGUCAGGGCCAGAGAAGCCUGUUCAAGAAGCCCAGCCAUUCGACAAGGGAGGGCUUCCUCAGCUGGAGGCUUGGUCUACUGCCUUUUCCUCCUGAAGCCAGUCAAGGCAGAGUCAGCACUAGAACUCAGUACUCUGUCCCCCAACUCCUAUUAGGCUCUUGGCAAAUGGGCAGUGGGGACUGUGGAAGGGCCUUCCUCGAAGCCCAUGCCACCAGGCAGGCUUCUGGCCUGCGGGGCCCUCCAGGAUGCUUGGGCAAGGGCUGAGUGCCACAGCCUGUCUACGCCAAACCCUGGGCUCCUUCUCUGGAAGUUUCUGUUCUCUGGUCCUGGGAGCUGGGGGGAUGGGAACAAAGAUGAAAGUCUGACCCCAGCUCUCCUGCCUCCCCAGCUCAGGGAUCAGGAUAGACAGAGAGUGCUUUUGCGGCAGCUCCCAGAGCCCCACUGAGCUGAUGAGGGAGCUGAUGAUGUCCCUACCCUCACUCCCUCCCUCUCUUCCCAUGGAAUGCCCCCUAGGCGUCCCCCCAUGCUGCCCCCACUCCCGACAGGCCAGCACCUCUGAAAUUAAUCCUAGCCUAAUUGGAUGGGACACAGGGCCGCCACAGCAGCCAUUUGGUAAGUGCCGCUAAGGAGAUGGCCCUGCCCAAGAUUAGAUCAAACAAAUCCAAAGUUUGAAGGCCCUGGCUGAGCCCCUUCCGGUAAUUUAAGCCAUUGGACCCAAACAGUCCUGCUUGCGGUAUUCUCUUGCUCUCCCCUCGGGUCUGUCUGAUGGCUCCUUGCAAGCAGUCAGAAGAAACAGAUUUGAUGUACAUAUGACCAAAUGGAGGAGCUUAAAACAGAGCCAAGAGAAAAGAAGUCAGAAUGAGAUCCGUAACACAACCCAGUUACAUUAAUUAAAAUUACAUGUGGCCCAAACAAGAACGUACAUGUGUCAAAACUACGAAACCUGUUAGGAAGGGGCCCUUCAGGUUCCACCUGAAUCAGGUGGAAAAAAGAAGAAAGAUGAGGGAGUGGGGCCCACAGGAGAUGGGAGAACAGAGAGGGGAGGAAGGGAGGCAGGGAGAUAGAAGGAAAGGGAGGAAGGGAAGGAUGAAGAGAGGGAGGGAGGGGGAGGGAAGGAGAGGGAAGGAGAAAAGGGAGAUAGGGAGAGGGAGGCAGGGAAGGAAGGAGGCAGAAGGAGGGAGAGAGGGAAGGAGAGGGGGAAGGAACACUCUUUACAAAUCACCUCUAAAUGUUUUUUUCUGGGAAUAAAGUUUGGAUUUACUUAAUAUGCAUAUUUUUCCAUGUAAAAACAUUAAGCCUGUUCAAUUUUCAAAAAUGGGAAAUGCAUUGAUUUAUAAUUUCUUAAGGACAUACUUUUCCCCCCUUUUGUCCAAAAGCCAUUUUAAAGCUUGCAGAACAAAGGACAAAGGACAGGUACAAUGUUGUCUUUAAAAUGUAGUUUAAAACAGAAAAAGAAGUAUCUCUCUGGGUAACUGGAGGGAAUGGUUCAUCGAGGAGCCUGUCGGGACCACUGGUAUCAGUGCCAUUUACAAGUCCUACUAGUGAGAUUUAGACUUUGAACGUGUGCAGGUACAGAAUAGUGGAACCUGAACCAGGUGGAAAAAAGAAGAAACGAGAAUGGAGAAUUGUGUACAUCUGCUCCAGAGAACUAUAAUGAGGGAGAGGGUUCUCGUAGCCUAAAUGACUCUGAUAACAGAUCAGAUCAAAUGUGGUCAAAUAUAUGAACCUUCACUGAGGCUUUGCAUGGUUAGGUUGUAGUAAGAGUGUUAAUCCAGGAGGCUCCCCGGAGGAGGUGAGUGCUAGAAGCCAGAGGCUGGUCUGGCUGGACUCUGGAAGCAAGGAUGGCUGAUUUGGACCCCUUGAUCUGCAAGGAGACAAUGGAGACCAUCUUCCCAGGCACACUCCCUUAAUUAGCCUUUCUUAGUACCUUUGAAAGGGUAUGAGGCCAAGGGCUCAGUCUGAACCUGGAGCUGGGCAUCAUUCUUCACGCUCUGUGGGUGUCAGAUCCCCUUUGGAGGCUCCUCUAGGGACAAGUGUUGAGGGCAGGCUGGGGCUUCCUGUUGAGCUGGCGAGGCCGGCCCGUGUGUAUGCGUGUGCACGCACACGUGUGCACAGGAGGUGUCAGGGUCCAAACUUAUCCAGCAAAGAGAGCCCAAGGCUGCAGUUUAGGUCACCAGAGAACAUGGAGAACCAGGCCAGCAGAUCCCAGGACGGGGACACAGGAGAGCAGGCUCAGGUUUGCAGAGGCCAUGGUCAGCUGGGGAGGGGCCUGGGGUCUCUCACUCCAGCAGGGCCUAUUAAAGGACAAGGGCUCAGGGUCCCAAGUACCUGGAGAAGUGGCCACCCCUCCCAGGGUAUGAAGGGAGGUGAUAGGUGUCACUUCUGGCUGGGGCUUUGGAGGAGUGGGCACGCCUCCUCCAAGGUCUGCUUACACCAGGCAGCUGCAGACAACACUGCCUUAGGGCUGGGAUGGCAGAAACACUGAAGGGAAUGGGCCUGGGUACCUGAACCUCUACGUGAAAGAGGGCUGUCCCCUGACCAGGCUUGGGAUUGUGCCUUGGCCCAAAACCUGAGACAUGGAUUUCUAUUGUGAUCAAACCUCUCUAUAUCACAGCACCUUCCCUGGUAACCCUCCCCGUGUUACCAGGCUUGCACACACACGCCUCUUUACCCCUGUUGGGUCUGUCUUCACUAACAUCUCCAUGGCUGCUCCAGACACUCCAGGAUGUGUGAGCCGGACUGGGUGCGGGAUCCUUGUCUUCUCCUUGGGUUGCUCACACUCCCCACUGGCCUCCACCUUCUUUGAAUUCCCGCCCCGCCCCCCGCAACUUCACAGUCUAGUUCACACCCCAUGUCUGCCUGGAGGCCUCCCUGAGCCCCUGAGGCCAGGUCUCUGACUGCUCUGUCCCUCCCUUUCCUGGCUGGGCAGGUGGGGAGAUAGCUGAGGAUGGCAGUCUCAGGUGGCACAGGGACAGCGAGUGCUAAUUUUAACCAAACCCACAGGUUGUAGGCAUAUGCGGGAAACGACCUCUCCUCUCGGUAACGGAUUGCAUUUCUCCUGGGUGUUCCUGGGCAUGUGCCCCAUGCACUGUGCAUUCUCUCUCUCUCUCUUUCUCUCUCUCUCUCUCUCUCACACACACACACACACACACGUUUUCAGGCCCACAAACAAGACCACAAGGCCACUUGUGCCUAAAACAGCUGAGCCAUUGAGUCCACAGAGAGAACAGAACCCACUGCCCCCCACUAGUCUAACCAUCUAAGGCAAGUAAGGGGAGCUAUGACAGCUGGCGAGCUUGACCAGGCAGAACUAUGACUCUGUGGAAAGACCCUGGGAUGGUCCAGGAAGAGGGAUGAGUGGAGGGGUCAGAGCUCCACCUCCAAGUCUAGGGGUCAGAAGGUGCUGGAAAGGGCCCUGGAGUCCAGGCCAUGCCCUCCUCUCCCCUACCCUUUCCUCACCUGUAUCUGUUUGCCUUUCUAUGUUUUUAUAGUUUUGAUAGCUUUCUAAAAGUCACCUUCUCUGUGAAGUCUUCCCAGAUUCCAUCAGGCACCGAAGUUCCUUCCAUCUUUUUCUUGUUUCUGUUACAACUCUCAGGACAUUGUGUGGAAUUCUUCUCUUUUUCUAAACUAUCACUGCCCUAGGUAUACGAUCCCUAGUCCCCAGCGUGGUGCCUUGCGCAGAGGAAGUAGAUGUCACCCGAUAAUAAUAAUAUGAGAUGUCCCUACUAUUAAGAAAGAAUAUUUAAAAAUUGAAGGAAAAAAAACCUUUAAAACUUUACAGAAUGGACAAAAGAUAUGAGCAGAAAAUUCAUACGUAAAACACAAUAUAAAAUAGCCCUCAAAUAUCAAAAUAUUAAGAAAAAUGCUAACUAAAAUUACAGCUAGGGGCGCCUGGGUGGCUCGGUCAGUUAAGUGUCUGACUCUUGAUCUCAGCUCAGGUUUUGAUCUCAGGCUUGUGAGUUCAAGCCCCACAGUUGGGUUCCGUGCUGGGUGUGGAGCCUACUUAAAAACAAACAAAACUACCCUGAAAUACCAUUUCUCACUCAGCAGACUGGCAAAAAUUCAAUUGCUUGGCAAUCCUCUCUGUUGGCAUGGCUGUGGAGAAAUAGGCCAUCUUGCACACUGCUGGUGGGAGUGCAAACUGGCACAAUCCUUGGAGAAGACCUCGUCAAGACCUAACAAAGCCAUGGACACAUUUACCCUUCGACUUGGUAACCUGCUGCAGGGGCUUACCCUGAAGACAUAGCUCAACAGGGUGG